GGGAGGAAGUGACAGUGUCAGGACGAUGGAAACAAAAAGACACACAGCUCAGACAUCUAGUGGCUGAAUAAGAAAGGCCAAACACAGUUCAGCUGUGAGGAGUUCACUGAUAAAAGGUUUGGUACCUUGCUUUGGUUGUGAGAUGGAAAGGGUUGAGGACACAAACAGGAGUCUGUGUACACUGACCUUCCCCCUCACCCUCCUCCUGUUUACCUAAUUGGAAGCUUUCAAAGGAGCCUUGUAUUCAGUUAUGAAGAAAAAAAAGUGUGUGCGAGGGGGGUUGGGAAAGGGAGAAACUGUCCCUGCACCUCCAUCUAAAAGUCUGAGCAGGACUUUGAGGUGUUUUUGUGUGCUGAAAUGGCUUCUAGGCUCUGGUUCACUCUCUCUGCGUGCCUGCUGCUGGCGACCUGUGAGGCCGGGAGGCAGAUGCCGAAACUCUCCGACAAGAAACUCUGCGCUGACUCUGAGUGCAGCUAUCCUAUCCUGAUAGCUCGAGCACUGCAGGACUUCUACCCUGGAGACUGCAGGUUCAUUCCCAUCCGACAGGGGCAGCUCGUAUACGUUUAUGCAAUGCUAAAAGACAGAGGGAACCUGUUCUGGGCUGGCUCUGUACAGGACUCAUAUUAUGGAGAACAGGAGGCUCGCAUCGGCCACUUUCCUAGCACCAUCGUGGAGGAGACACAUAUCCUCAGCCCGCCCAGCACUGAAGUGAAAACUACUAACUGGGACUUUUACUGCAACUGAUAUUUACCGACAAAGACAGGACACAGAGCAGAUUUAUGACUCAUCAUAACUAACUGAUCCAGCACAUGCAAUAACUACAAAAUGUAAUUAUCAGAAGACUUGAAAUAAACCAGAAAACCAUGCAUGGAUGUUCCUUAUUUACAACAAUUUAUUGGUCUGUUCUUGUCUGAGUUAAAAGAAAUAAAAAGGACAUAUGAACUGUGUCUACACUU